GUUUGGUGGCCAGACUGGAGGGGCAUUCCUGUUCCUGGAUCCGCCAGGUGUAGAGGGCAUGGUUUGGUAUAAGAGGGCGAGGAUGCUGCGUCGACGGGCCUCGAGCUAGACUAUGAAGCGCAAGUUUGCUGCCCUGAGAAGUUCAGUGCAGUUACCACAGCGAAAGAAACCAUACUACAACAUGCCCACCAACCCACUAUCCGUCGCUGGCGGAUGGAAAAAAGAUACCCCCAGCGCGGAGAAGAGCAACCCAAACGACGCCACAAAGCAGGCUGAAAAUGUGCCUCGCUCCGUCACCGGCACCGUGAACGAGGCCGGCGAGAUUGUGGACGAGUCUGGCAAGAGCAUCGGCAAGAUUGCCGACUCGAGUGAUCCCAAGGAGCUCGCCGGCAAUACCGUGAACGAGGCUGGCAACAUUGUCUCCGAGGCAGGCGAUGUCCUCGGCAAGACCACCCUUGGCGGUGAUGAUGCCAAGGUAGACGAGACCACAAAGAGCACAGAGAAGGCGCAAGAUAGCAGAGACGCGGCACAAGACACGGCAGAUAAGACAACAGACGACGCCACCGACAAGGUGGACGACACAACGGAAAGCGCCGGCGAGUAUAUAACCGAGGGCGGUGAUAGCAAGUCAUCCAGCGGCUGGUUCGGCAAGACCGCCAAGGGUGCUUACAACACGCUCGGCUCGUUCGGUUCCAAGGGCAAGGAGGCCUCGGACGACGUUCAGGAGCAGACGGGCGAGACCACAGAGCAGGGCGUCCAAGACACAAAGAACAACACCGAAGAGACUGCCCAGGAGGGUGCUGAGGACCCUGAGAAGAAGCUCGACGAUACAGCCCAGGACACAAAAGACACUGCCGAUGAGACUGCUGAAGACUCUGAGAAGAAGCUCGACGAGACCACUGAAGACGCUCAAAAAGGCGCCCAAGACACCCAAGAAGGCACCGAGGACCCUGAGAAGAAGCUCGACGAUACCGUCAAGGACGUCAACGACACUACCGAAGAGACUGCCCAGGAUGGUGCCGAAGACUCCGAGAAGAAGCUCGACGACACGAAUAAGGACGCCCAGGGCGCUGCCCAGGACACUGCCGAGGAGACUGUCCCGGAGGGCGCUGAGGAUCCCGAGAAGAAGAUCGACGAUACAACAGAGGAUGCUCAAGACAAAGUAGAGGACGCCCAAGAUGAGGCCAGCCAGGCCCUCGACUUCUCCAUCCUGGAGAACGCCACCGUCAACAAGGGCGGCAACCUCGUGAUCGACGGCAAGACCGUCGGCAAGCUCGUCGAAGGCGAGCCUAAAAAGCUACAGGGUUGCAAGAGCGACGAGCAGGGCCAGAUCUGGAACGACUCUGGCAAAAUCGUCGGCAAAGCGGAGCCCCUCCCGCAAGACGACGCGGAGCAGAAAGAGGAUCCCCCCUUCAAGAACUUCCCCGACGCCAUCGUUCGUGGUGACGGUAGCGUCGUGCAGAGCGAGAAUAAUGACACUCGCGUCGGCACGCUCGUUGAGGGAGACCCUAAGAAGCUCAAGGGAUCGAAGGUGGACGAGGACGGCGAUGUCCUCGACGGACAGUUCAACAAGGUCGGCAAGGCCGAGCCCUGGGAUGAGCCUGAGCCUGAAGAAGCUCCCGAAGAGGAGGCCCCCGACUGGUCGUUCCUCGACGGCUGCACCGUCAAUAAGGGCGGUAAACUCGUCAACAAGCAGGGCGAGGUCGUGGGGACACUCAAAGACGGCAACCCCAAAGAGCUCCAGGGCCAUCGCUGCGAUGCCAAGGGCCAGAUCUGGAACGAUAGUGGUAGCAUCGUUGGUCAUGCCGAGCCCGUGUCCGACUCGGAAAGGCAAGCUGCCAGCAAAUCCUUUUCUCCAUUCGAGAAUUUCCCCGACGCGGUUGUGGAGGCGGACGGCAGUAUUACCUCGGACGGCAAGCGUGUCGGCACGCUCGUCGAGGGUGAAGUCAAAAGGCUCAAAGGUUCAAAGGUGGACGAGGAUGGAGAUAUUUUAGACCGCUUUGGAAACGCUAUUGGCAAGGCUGAGCCCUGGGAUGAGCCGGAGCCCGAGGAGGAGGAGGUGGACCGCUCUAUCCUGGCGGGCAAGCGUGUCAACAAGGCUGGCAACGUCGUGGAUGGGUCCGGUGUAAUCUACGGCAAGGUUGUGGAGGGCAAUGUCCCAUCUAUGGUCGGACGCAUGUGCAACAAGCAAGGCCAGAUUUUGUCCGAGUCUGGUGACGUCUUGGGCCAGGCCGAGGUCGUCUCUGAGGGCGAGCGUGAGGGCUCGAAAGAAGGCCCCUUUGCCGAAUUGGAGGGUCUUACCGUCGCCAAGGAUGGUACGAUCGUCACACCCGGAGGUGACAUUGUUGGACGCCUCACCUCAGGUGACGGCAAGACACUAUUCGGCCGCCCAGUUGACCAGGACGGCGAGAUCGUGGACAAGAACGGCAACACGCUUGGCAAGGCAGAACGAUGGAGCCCCCCUGAGGAUGAGAAGAAGCCCAAAGGUCCAAUGGAAGGUCUCAAGGUGAACCGCGAGGGCAACGUCGUCAACAAUGAAGGCGAGACCAUUGGCAAGCUUGUUUCGGGUGAUUUGUCGUCUGUCGUCGGCAAGGAGAUUGAUGCUGACGGCGAUAUCAUCAAUACAAAGGGUCAGACCGUUGGUCACGUCGCCCUGAUUCAGGAUAUUCCCCAGGAGGAGGCUAAGGAGACAGAGGAGGCCCGCCAGGCUCGUGAGAAGACCGAGGCCGAGGAGAAGAAGGCUGAGGAUGACCGCCAGCUUGCCGGCCAACUCAGCGGCGCCAUUGAGCAGUCUCUUGAAAAGAUUCAGCCCAUCCUAAACAUGAUCAAGGACAAGAUGGCUGUUGUUGACAACAAGAAAUCUGAUGAGAUUGACCAGGAGCAGCUCGUCAAGGAGGUGAAGCCCCUCAUCGAGGAAGGCGGCAAGAUUCUUCAAGAGACCAACGGCAUUGUCCGCGGUAUGGACCCCGACGGUCGUAUCCAACGCCAGGCCAAGCAAAAGUCAGGCACCAAGGACGCGAGCCCCGAGGAGCACCAUCUCGCCGAGGUUUUGAAGACAUUGACGGGGGAUGUUACGCAGACUGUCGACGGUGCCAAGAGAAAGCUUGAGUCACUUCCCAAGGCGAAGAAGGAGCUUAACCCGCUGUGGGGACUUUUGACUGAACCGCUUGGCCAGAUCAUUGCCGCGGUUGGACUCCUACUUACUGGUGUCCUCGGCAUCGUUGGAAGAUUAUUGUCAGGUCUCGGCCUUGGCAACCUGGUUGAUGGUUUAUUAGGUGGCCUGGGAUUGAACAAGGUGCUCAGUGGGCUAGGACUCGGGUCCGCUUACGACGCGUUGACCGGGAAGACGAAAUGAUACACUGAUAGUUUUGGAUAUUGAUGCGUUGAGAUGUUGAUGCGUGGACAUG